AUGGCGAAAAAUGAUAGUAUUCACGAGGAGGAGUCUGCGAUCCUAGGCGAAGCAACACGUUUGCUGCCUACCAGCUCCGAACCUCGCGAUGCAGAUAAUGAAACAUCUUCUACAACUCCCGCUUGGGAUUCCUUCAAGGACUUUGAAGGCCUACCCUGGUGGCGGCAACCAUCGGUUUAUUGGCUGCUUGGUCCAUAUAUCAUUUUCACCCUUGCCUUUGGAGGUGUAAUGGUUCCUAAACUUGACCUGAUCCUUCAGCUCGUUUGCAGGCAGUAUUUCGCAGAUGAACACAGCCGUAAUCCAGACGCAGUCUUCCAGCCUGUUCUUCUUGGGUCUGAAAAUCCCCAAUGCGAUAUCCCCGAAGUGCAAGCAAACGUGGCAAAAUUCAUGCUGGUCAUGAAUUUGUUCACUGGCAUUCUAAGUGCUAUAGUCGCACCGAAAAUCGGCCAUUUAUCUGAUCGAUAUGGUCGUACACGGCUUAUGGCUCUAGCUUCUGUUGGUGGAAUCUUGGCCGAAUUCAUCACUAUCCUGGUAGCCCGAUACCCCGAUGUCAUUAGCUAUCGCUGGCUGCUUCUAGGUAGUGUCUUUGAUGGUAUGACAGGAUCGUUCACUACGGGAAGUAUUAUGACACAGUCUUACACAAGUGACUGCACCCCUCCCUCAAAACGCGCCGUGUCUAUGGGCUACGUGCAUGCGUGUCUGUUCACGGGACUUGCUUUUGGUCCUCUUCUUGCAGGCUUCUUCGUCAAGUGGACUGGUAGUUUGCUAUCUAUUUUCUAUGUUGUCAUGGGAUGUCACAUUGGUUUCAUGCUCUUUGUCUGGCUUGUUGUUCCCGAGUCCUUGUCUCAAAGCAAACAAUUGGUAGCGCGGGAGAAGUACGCAAAGGACCAGGAGUUGCAAUCUCCUGUCUCGCCAUCAUGGGUGAAUACCCUUCGAACAGCAAACCCCCUCGCUCCUCUCAAGGCUCUCUAUCCUACUGGCCCUGGCACAUCGCCGGCUCUUCGUCGAAAUUUGAUUGCUCUUGCGAUCAAUGAUACCAUCAUCCUCGGAGCAAGCAUGGCCGCAGGUGCUGUCAUUGUUCUCUACUGCGGACGGACGUACCACUGGGACCUCUUAGAAAAGUCGGGGUUUGUGUCUCUUCUCUCACUUGUUCGCGUCGUGGUCCUUAUGGGAAUAUACCCUGUUAUCAACUACUUUGGCCGCAUCCGCCCAGCAGCUCGUCGUCGUCGCGAGUCCGGUGUGGCUGCCGUCGAAAGGAACCGUGGGGCAGACGAGCUUGACGUCCUGAUCCUGAGAAUUGCUUUGACUUCAGAUGUUAUUGGGUCUCUUGGAUAUGUAUUUGCCCGUUCAUCGCGAGUGUUUGUCGUGAGCGGUAUGAUGACCGCUGUCGGGGGUCUUGGGAGUGCAACUGGGCAAGCUAUGAUCACCAAGCAUGUACCUUCUGAAAGAGUUGGCCAGUUGCUCGGAGCAAUCGGCAUGAUGCAUGCGCUUGCGCGAGUGUUAGGGCCAGUCUUGUUCAAUGGAGUGUAUGCCCUUACGGUUGGACGUUUUGACCAGGGUAUUUUUGUCCUGCUGGCAAGCGUAUUUGGAUUCGCACUUGUGGUAAGCUUUGCUAUAAAGCCAUAUGUCGUGUGGGAAGAUGAGCCUGAAGAUGAACGGCAGCCUUUCAAUCAGACAGAGGACGCUUUCACAGUCCCAGAUGGCCAAGUUCCUCUUGAUGAGGAAGAUCAGGUCAGAUUCUAA